UGUGUGUCGUGUAUGUAGUGAAACAUGUGUUUUAACCUGUCAGCACGUGGAAGUCUUAUGCAGUAACGUAUAUAUAUAUAUAUAUAUAUAUAUAUACACACACACACAUAUAUAUAUAUAUUUCGAUAGUUUUGUAAUGGAAGAACGCGAAAGGGCUUAAAAGAAAUUUACUUAAUUUAAAGUAUAUCGCAAGUUAAAGGAGGUUUCCGUUUUCUAUCAAUAUGAGUACCAUAUUGGAAAAGAUCGCUUCGAUCGAGGCCGAGAUGGCUCGCACUCAAAAGAAUAAGGCUACGUCUGGUCACCUCGGUUUGUUGAAAGCCAAAUUAGCCAAAUUAAGACGAGAACUUAUUACACCGAAAGGUGGUGGAGGUGGUGGGGAGCAAGGUUUUGAAGUAGCUAAAACUGGUGAUGCUAGAAUAGGUUUUGUUGGUUUCCCUUCUGUGGGUAAAUCUACGCUUUUAAGUACUCUUGCUGGUGUUUAUUCCGAAGUUGCAGCGUACGAAUUUACAACUCUUACCACUGUUCCUGGUUGUAUAAAGUAUAAGGGUGCAAAAAUACAGUUACUCGAUCUACCAGGUAUCAUUGAAGGCGCGAAAGAUGGUAAAGGACGUGGGAGACAAGUAAUUGCAGUUGCAAGAACUUGUAGUUUGAUAUUUAUUGUUCUGGAUGUACUGAAACCGCUUGGACAUAAAAGAUUAAUAGAGCACGAAUUGGAAGGUUUUGGACUUCGUUUAAAUAAACAGCCACCCAACAUUACUUUCCGCAAAAAAGAUAAAGGUGGCAUUAAUUUCCAAACCACGUGCACACAGUCGGAACUCGACUUAGAAACAGUGAAAAGCAUUCUGUCCGAAUAUAGAAUACACAAUGCGGAUAUUACUUUACGAUAUGAUGCCACAUCCGACGAUCUAAUUGAUGUCAUCGAGGGAAAUCGCGUCUACGUACCGUGUAUUUAUUUACUCAACAAAAUAGAUCAAAUUAGCAUCGAGGAACUAGAUAUAAUUUAUAAAAUACCGCAUUGCGUUCCUAUUUCUGCUCAUCACAAGUGGAACUUUGACGACCUCCUUGAAAAAAUGUGGGAAUACUUACAGUUGGUCAGAAUCUAUACCAAACCGAAGGGUCAACUGCCAGAUUAUAAUUCUCCGGUAGUAUUAAACAGAGAGAAACGGACGGUUGAAGACUUUUGUAAUAAAUUGCACCGAUCUAUCGCAAAAGAGUUUAAGUAUGCCCUUGUGUGGGGUUCGUCUGUCAAACAUCAACCACAAAAAGUCGGAAAAGAUCACAUAUUAUGUGACGAGGAUGUCGUACAGAUUGUAAAAAAAGUAUAAUUUUUAUUAAAUAUUCGGCGUACAGUUACUAUUAAUUAUUAUUGAAUAGAUUUUUAUAGACCGCCUUCUGUAAUUAAAAAUGUCGUAAUUUUGGAGUUUAUCUUGUUUUUGUUCGUACAAAAUUAUGGAAUAUUUUGGUCAGAAUAGUGUAACACGAGAUGCGUUAAAGGACAUACACAAGGAAAAGAUA